AAGAUGGCAGCUCCCUUGGAAGAGGAUAGUUUGGAGUCAAAAAUAACCCACAACAUGGCACCAGACUCCUGGCACAUAAGAUCCAGUCUCCUCAAGAAUGGGAAGCCAUUCAAGCUCUGACAGUUCUAGAAACAUGCAUGAAAAAUUGCGGGAAACGGUUUCACAAUGAAGUAGGAAAGUUCCGGUUUCUUAAUGAGAUGAUCAAAAUAGUGUCACCCAAGUACCUUGGGACACGGUCUUCAGAGAAGGUAAAAUUAAAGGUGAUUGAGCUGAUGUACAGUUGGACAGUUGGUCUGCCUGAUGAGCUAAAAAUUUCAGAGGCUUACCAGAUGUUGAAAAAGCAAGGAAUUGUAAAAGAAGAUCCUAUACUUCUUGAUGACAGACCAUUUAUUGUGCCUACUCCUAGACCCAUGAAUGCUGUGUUUGAAGAUGAAGAAAAGUCCAAGAUGCUAGCACGUCUCCUGAAAAGCACCCACCCCGAGGAUCUUCGAGCUGCAAACAAAUUAAUCAAAGAGAUGGUGCAAGAGGAUCAGAAAAGGACGGAGAAGAUUACAAAGCGUGUCAAUGCAAUUGAAGAAGUGAACAACAAUGUGAAGCUUUUAACAGAGAUGUUGAGCAGUUACUCUAAGGAGACCUCAUUGGAGAGUAAUGAUGAAAUAAUGAAGGAGUUAUUUAAUCGUUGUGAAAAAAUGAGACCCACCCUUUUUCGCUUGGCCAGUGACACAGAAGAUAAUGAUGAAGCCUUAGCUGAAAUUCUGCAAGCUAAUGACAACUUGACACAAGUUAUUAAUGCUUACAAGCAAAUUGUGAGAGGAGAAGAGGUCAAUGGGGACACGGGCAAGCCUCCUAUUAAAGGCAGUUCUUCAGCUCUCUUAGACCUCUCGGGAUUGGAAGUGCAGUCAGCAGGAACAUACUACCCAUCAUACCCAGCUGUGUCUGCAGCACACCUCGACUUUGAUGUUAACCAGGGCAGCACAGUAUCAUUGCUGGACGAUGAGCUCAUGUCUUUGGGACUGAAUGAUCCUGCUCCAAACUCCGUUUCUGCAGCCAAAACCUUGGAGGCAACAGGGUGGAAUUCCUUUCAGUCCUCCGAAAGUGGUGACUUGAACGUUCCUUCGGGUACUACUGCUAGUUCUGCUGUUUUGUCGUCAGAGUUGGUAACUGCAGCUGCUCGUGCUCCUAGCCCUUCUCUGGCUCCUCCAUCGUCAAGUACACUGCCAGGGAGUAAAGCCUUGGAUGAUUUGGACUUGUUAGGAAAGACAAUGUUGGAACAGUCCCUUCCUCCUGGAUCUCCACAGGUUAAAUGGGAGAAGCAGCAGCCAAAACCAACCUUGCGAGACCUUCAAAACAAGACCUCUGGAAGUACAAACACUGUGGGAACUACAGCCAUACCACCUGCCACUACCAGAAGUAUUUCACCAAGCCUGCCUGUCACAGCUGUAUCAAAUAACUCUUCUUCCAUGGCUUUUCAUGGGGUAUCAUCAGUGGUGCAGACAGUGUUUCCAUCUUCUAAACCAGAUGUUGCAGCUUCACAUCUGUUGCAACAAGAACUCUCCCUGGCCAAUGUUUUAGUACCUUUAACAGCUAUUAAACCAAGUAGUAUUCUUCCAGUAACUGUGUAUGAUAAGAAUAGUUUCCGAGUUUUGUUCCACUUUGCUAAAGAUUGUCCUGCGGGCAGACCAGAUGUAUUGGUGGUUGUAACAUCUAUGAUUAGUACGGCACCACUGCCAGUGAAAAAUAUUGUGUUUCAGUCUGCUGUACCAAAGAGUAUGAAGGUGAAACUGCAGCCUCCAUCGGGAACAGAACUUCCAGCCUUCAACCCCAUUGUUCCUCCAAUGGCAAUUACACAAGUCUUAUUACUUGCCAACCCUCAAAAGGAGAAAGUCAGACUACGAUACAAACUGACAUUCACAAUGGGGGAUAAGACAUAUAAUGAAGUGGGCGAUGUAGAUCAGUUUCCUCACCUGAGUUUGGGGAAACCUGUGAGACAGUAGUACUGGUUAUUGAUUGAACAUUUUCAGUUCUUUCAGGAAAAUGACUUCUCUUCCUUAAGAGACGUGAAGCAUCUAUGUCUCUGUCUUUUAGUGAAGUGUCCCAGCAAAGGGAGAAGGACAUUGACAUUUUUAAUCUGAACUAUGGCAUUAGAAUGUGGCAACUUUUGAAUGGCUGUAUAUUGGAAUAUCUUAAAAAUGGAAAACUGACUCUAAUACACCAGUGGGAGCUACUAACACUUGACCGGUCUUCAAAACAGAAUAUGGAUACCCUGCUAUUUUCUUUGUAAACCAACACUGUAAAAUUGUUGACUUGUUUCCUCCCAGGGAUUAUAAAAAAUAUACAUUUUAUUGUAAAAUAUGUAAUAUAUUUAUGUAAGGGUGUGAUGUAUGCUGAUUUGGGAGGAAGUGGUCCAAGUAGCUCCUUUUUUUGCUCCAUUGCCUUUGUUCUUGUAGCUAACAGAACAUUUACUCACACUGUGGAUUUUCUUGGUGUUGUCUAUUUCAUUUUUGUAUUUCUUUUGUAAGUUGCAGUCUUGUGAGAGAGAUACUACCUCACAACUCACCACUUUCACUCAGUUUUGUGAGUUAAAAAACAAGUUACUCAUCUCCUUUUAGUUCUAACAUUGCUCCAAAUGCAGAAUUGAUUUGCCAUUACUGAAUCCCAUUUACUGGAGGAUUCUUUGUGAAGUCUUGAUCAUUUAUUUUCUUGAUAUUGGAUGAAGGGGAAUGACUGUGCUCUGCUUUGGUAGUUUUAGCUGUCACUGUCUAAGGAAAAUGUUAAAAGGUAUCUACCUGCUUACUUAAAUAUGAAAUUCUAAACGGAAAAUAAUCUUUUCUUCCCCUUAAGAGUGCCUGUGUUUAAUAAUCCACAUUUGGAACAAGUAACAGUACAGCGAGAGAUUGUCACUGAUUUCAUUUAUGUAUGCACUGCUUGUAUGCAAAACCCUAGUGCCUGUGUCAGAGUUAAUAUGCAGACUGAAAUGGUUAAUCUCACUUGUAUGAUCUCACAGGACACAACAGUUUUCUGCUAGGCAGCAUCUCUGUUUUGUAAAGGUGAAAGGUUUGUGAGCUGAACAAUGUCUUCACAGUUCUGGAGCAGUGUUAGCAGUCUGCUUUGUAAAUUUUAAUUCUGCAUCAAUUUAAAAGCACACUACUGAGUCUUUGAAUCUAAAAUGGCUAAAAUAAAACUUGAGAAAAUUA